AUGCCAUCUCAACAGUUACAAUCAACAUUAUCCGAUACACUCAACUAUUUCCCAAUCUUAGCUGGUCGUAUUAUCGAAGAUACAAAUGGUAAUGCCAUAGUGCAUCUAACCAACGAAGGUGUCUUAUUUACCGAAGCUAGAUGUAACAAUCAAAAAUUGGAUUAUUUUAUACAGCAGACAGCUGACAUUAAAGAAUUUGAUUAUGAAAAUAUCAAUUCAUCUGAUUUGUCUGUGCUAGUUACCAGUGAUUGGACAGGACCAAUGCUCUCUAUCCAAUUGACGCGUCUUCAAUGCGGUUCAGUUAUCUUAUCACUUUCAGCAUUUCAUUGUUUGAUGGAUGCACAAAGUACAGCCCAUUUUAUGAACACUUGGGCUUCGGGUGGCAAGUUCAAAUCAUAUUCUCCAAUGACGGAUAAAUCAUUCGUACUUCUCCCAUCGGUUGACCAACCCAUUAGUCGUCCAUUAGACUGUGUGUAUAAUAGAAAUAUAGAUCUGUUAUCAAUAUCACCAUUCGUUCAAACACCACGACAACGUGUUAUUUGUAAAGUUUAUCAUUUUUCUACAAGCGAAUUGAAAAAUAUUAAAGAAGAAGCUAUGAAAGGUCUAACAAAUAGAGCUGAUUACAUUAGCACCUAUGAUUCUCUAUAUGCUCAUAUAAUUUUGGUUAUCAACAAAGUCAGUCAACCUUCUCUCAAUCAAAAUAAAAAGAUUAAGAUUCUACAGCCAUUCAAUGGUCGCUCACGAUUCGUUCCGUCACAUUCACAAGUCGUUCUUGGCUAUUUCGGUUGUUUUGUAUUUUGGAUUUACGAAGAAGUACCGAUAGAAGAAUCACUAACUCUUUCAUCAUUAGCUCAAACAAUACAUAACAUGUAUUCAAAACAAGAUGAAAACUCGCUGAGAUAUUAUAAUGCAUAUUUAUCUAGUGAUGAUGGCAAUAUUCGAAAGAAUCGAGUUGAUGCCGACAUAUGUAAUUGUGAUUUUCAUUGUACAUCAUGGCGUAAAGUGGACAUGCUUGAAGCAAGUUUUCAUGGUAAUGACAGCUAUCCCAUUUUUAAUGGUCCAACAAAAUAUCGUGGAUCAAGAUUUUGUAUUAUGAUGGACGCAAAUCGAAACGACGAAUCGAUUAACGUUCUGUUCGGAUUAAAAGAGCAAGAAUAUGAAAGGAUGUUGGAACAGAAUCUGUUACAUAAAUAUCGAUAG